AUGGCUGCGAGACGGUUUUAUGACCUGACAGCGAAGUUACUGAGUGGAGAAAUCUUGAGUUUCUCCUCACUGAAAGGGAAGGUGGUCCUCGUUGAGAAUGUGGCGUCACUUUGAGGAACGACAACUCAAGGCCUCGUCGUUCUGGGUGUACCCUGCAAUCAGUUUGGACAUCAGGAAAACUGCAAAAAUGAAGAGAUCCUACGGUCACUUAAGCAUGUCCAUCCAGGGAAUGGCUUUGAACCGAAGUUCCAGCUUCUGGAGAAAGUGGAAGUGAAUGGAAAGAAUACCCACCCCUUGUUUGUCUUUUUGAAAGAAAAGCUUCCGUUCCCUUCUGAUGAUAUCAUGGCUCUCAUGACAGAUCCAAAGUUGAUCAUUUGGAGUCCUGUCGGUCGCAGUGAUGUGUCCUGGAACUUUGAGAAGUUUCUGGUUGGUCCAGAUGGGCAACCUUAUAAGCACUACAGCAGGAAGUUUCCCACCAUUGACAUAUAAACAGAUAUUAAAGAGCUGCUUAAGCAUGUUAAGUAAAGUGCACUCCAAUUGGCUUGUUGUGAGUUAUCAAGUUUUACCAGUUUAGUAAUAAGUUUCAUAGUAAGUAGUCACACUUCUGUAUUUGUGUCUUUUAUGUGCUCCAUCGGCAGUUUAAUCCACAACCUCCUUAAAAAUAUAAUGACAUUAGCAAUACAUCAUGGCUACAGUAGUCAUUUUACCCAAUGAUGAUACACCUUGAAACCGUUUUUGAAUGGGGAGUUUCUGAUGAAUAUGUAAAAGACUGAUUUGGCCACGGCAUAGGCUGAUAUCAUAAAAUGAUUCAAAUAAUAAUAAUAAACAUUUUAAAUCAUUACUGUCUAGUUUACAAUGCAUACAAGUACAUACAGUCAUGGAAACAUUUAUUCGACCACCGUUGUUUCUUCCGUUUCUUGUUUAUGUUUAAUGCCUGAUACAACGAAAGAUACAUUUGUUUGGACAAAUACAAUUUAAAAAAAAAAAUAACUCAAGUUUUUUAUUUAAGAGCUGAUAUCUCACCAUUUUCCAUAGUUUUCUUGAUAACCAAAAUCACUAAGAAUACAAUUACUUGUGAACGUAAGCAGGUCAAACAGGACAUAAAGGCUUAUGGAAUAAGCUGCAUUUUUAUCAUGUUCAUUGUAUUCUUCAGGUACUGUAAUACACUGUUUGUGGUACCAGGCAUUUAAAUGAACAAAAGAUUGAAAAAAAAAAGUGGUCUAAUAUUUUUUUUAAAUGGGUACACCUGCACAAGAUACAAAACAACCUACAGUAUAUAAAAGUAUACCGUUACAAAGAUAUAAUGCCCAGUUCUUAGGGACACCAUCACAAAUUUAUUUUGAGUUCCAUCCAACCAUUUUUUAUUGCACUUAUCCUCACUGAGUCAUGGGUGAGCUGGACAUUUGGGCGAGGGGGUGGGGUACACCCUGGAACUGGUCGCCAUUUAGGCACAUACUGUAUCAAACAAGCAUUCAGCCUCAUUCACACCUAUGGACAAUUUGGUCUUCAGUGAACCUGAAAUGCAUGUUUCUGGAAGUGAGAGGAAGCCGGAGUAUCUAAAAAUAAAAUUUUCAAAACACACAAGGACGGGAAGAACAUGCAAAUAACACACAGAAAGGCCAGGGCCCAGAUUCAAACCCACAACCUCAGAGCUGUGAGACAGAUGCGCAAACAACGAGUCCACUAUUCUGCCUACCACAGUAUUUUCUAUUAUAACUUUUUUGUCUGUAUCAAUGAAGUCAGUGUUUAUAUUAAAACAUAAUAUGGGAAAAUAAUUGUGGUUAAGUCCAACGUCAUUAAAUCUUUGUGUUAAUGUAAAGCAUGACAUAUGCGACAUCAGUCAUUUCCGGUAUACAACUUGCAGAAUACCACUAGUAAUUAAAU